CUUUCAGCUCAGUUGAUCGGGCAGCUCGAUAGAGUUCGGUUGUUUACAGAUAGAUAGUUGUGAUACUGUUGAGCGACUUUUCAAUUGCAUUUGCAAACAAAUAUUUUUCGGACACAAGUACUGCUUAUAAUGGCUGCCAACAAAUUGUGCUGCACUUUGGCUAUUGGCGCUCUUUUGUGCCUGGGAUUCGCGGCCCUCAUUCAAGCUCAGGAUAAGCCGGUGACUGAUGUGUGCCUGGGAUGCAUCUGCGAGGCCAUCAGUGGAUGUAACCAGACACGUUACUGCGGCGGCGGAGUCUGCGGCCUGUUUCGCAUCACCUGGGCAUAUUGGGCCGACGGCGGCAAGCUGACCUUGGGCAACGAGAGUCCCCAGUCGGAGGAUGCCUAUGCCAACUGCGUGAACGAUCCCUACUGCGCGGCCAACACGAUCCAGAAUUACAUGACCAAGUUCGGCCAGGACUGCAAUGGAGACAACGCCAUCGAUUGCUACGACUUCGCUGCCAUCCACAAGCUGGGCGGCUAUGGGUGCAAGGGCGAGCUGAGCUACCAGUACCAGACGCAGCUGACCAACUGCCUCAAUUCGUUCCAGCAGAUCGAUGUGCGCUCUAGCAAAUAAACCCAUUAACUUGCUAAAUUUAUGUUGUAAUUAAAUUUAAAUAAUGUAAUAAUUAA